AUUAUUAUUUCAGUUUCAAAAACCUGAAAGAAUCCCAAAGUCAGGAAUUAAAGUAUUGCAUGAGAUUGUUGGCUAGGUCUGCUCUUCUCCACCCAAUGCAAAACAAGGCAUCUGUCCAGCAACCACAUUCUUCUGCCUGUGCAGUCCUGGGACCCCACUGCUUCCCGCUCCCCCCAGCCUGCUCAGGCUCCACAGCAAGACACAGUUAUUCCACAGGGUGUUUCCUCUUCCCCCGUUCCGGAUGUUAUGCUUCGCUCUCCGAGGAGACAACUUCUCAUUGGAUCCUGGAUGAACUAAUCGUUUCCUGCCGGAAAGGAUACGUUCAUUUUUCCCCCCCCAGUCUAGGCUGGCAGUGACUGAGAGAGGUAGUUCUCAAAGCCCAUCCUCUGGCCCCUCGCUGGAGAAGGGAGCACAUCAGUCACAGGCAGAAGUCAGGACAAACAAAGGGCUGUUUAUACAGCAUCUCCCAUCAGCCCUCCCUCUUCUCAUCCCCACUAGCUCUCGCUCUCUCUGCGUACAUCUAAAGAGAUACAGCUGCCAAGGACGUGGAAGGGAUUGAAGCAGAAGAGAAAGGCAAAAUGACCAGGAAGGCAAGGAAACCCACCCGGACAUUUUCCCCUGGUUUGGUAGCAAUCGAUACACACACUCACACCACCGAGAGAACACGGCCAGCUCAAAGCAAUUUUCUCAAGCACCCUGCUGCAGGAAGCUUCGCAAAAAUGAAGAUGGUCUCGGCGCUGCUUCUGCUGAGCACCCUCCUGGGUACCUCCGCGGUGCCUUCCCGGCGGCCCUCUUGUUACAAGAGGGCCCUCAAAGACCACAACUGUCACAACAUCCCCGAAGGCAUGGAGAACCUUCGACAGAUCGAUGACAGUCUGCAAGAUCACUUUUGGGAAGGGAAGGGCUGUGAGGUGAUCUGUUACUGCAACUUGAAUGAAUUGCUCUGCUGCCCAAAGGAUAUUUUCUUUGGACCAAAGAUAUCUUUUGUGAUCCCCUGCAACAGUCAGUGAUGAACAUCAAGUCUGCCGGUAAAGCAACAGACGUCAUUCUACCAUCACAUAACAAUACUUGCAAGGGGAAAAACAAAACCACCACCACCAAAAACACCCUUCCUUUCUAACCACAAGACAGUGCCUCUUUUUACACUGUGGAAAAAUUACCUUUCUAUACCUUUUUGGAAUCUCAAAUACGUAAGAAGUUCUCGUUUCUGAUUUGGUAGCUGACUUAUUUUCCAUAAUGGUGUAAAAGACUGUACAAGCUCUUAAUGCAACCUAAUAUGCAGCCCCCAGCAAAAAGCCUAACUCUUGUUACUCAGCACAACAUUUUCAACUAGUUUGGAUGAAGAAACUUCAAGCCUAAGCCUUCACAUCAUUAGGAACGUGACUCUCAUUGCAACCUAUGGCAGUGCGGCUUCCUAUUGCUUUUUUGCCAUCACACAAUGUUGGUUUAAGCUGAAGCUACUCAGUCCCUGGCACUUCUGCAGACAGGCUCCCACGUUCUAUUUAGGCAUCUUAAAAUACAUGCACAUACAAAAGGCAAACUUUCACCAUUUGUAUUUGAAAAUUCCACUGGGGGG